GUCAUAGAAACCAACUACAACAAACACGAUUCCGCCUGUCCUGCUGUCAUUCUUCAACUUGGCCUUAGAAUAUGGCUCAGCGCUCAAUUGAAGAGACUCUCUCGCUACUCACACGAUUGAGUCAAAAGCCUGGCGUGCAAAGCACAAUCAUUUUGUCACGCGAUACAGGCGCCAUAGUACGCACAUCCGGUCUGAUAUCGAACAGCUCGUCUGCGAACCCGAACAGCACGCUGCCCGCCUCGGGCGAGACCAUAGCCGACAACUACGUGAACGGCCGGAAAGAAAGCGGGAUACACAGCGCUGAAGACGUGGCAAGUGCAGUGUGGAAAUUCUUAGGGGCUGCAGGAAGUCUAGUUGAUGAACUUGACAAAGAAGACGAUGUUCGACUACUUAGGUUACGCACGAAGAAGAACGAGCUGGUCAUUGUUCCAGAUCCCAAGUUCAUCUUAGUUUUGAUACACGAUACGCCACCCGCGUAGACCCGUCGACGGCUUGAGCGUACAACCACAGCAUCCGUUACUUGAGCGUUAUGAUACCCCUUCUGUUCAGAGACAUCAAUGAAUAAUCACCAAUGGGCUUCGCUGAUCUCGACAUCAUUGACAUCCACACCAUCCUUGAACCAUCGAUCUACAUGCAUAUCAGCAUACGUUCGUGAAGAACAAUUUGUAAUCAUUAGCACUUCACACACAACUCACCAGCUUCGUCAAUCUCGAUAUCGUUUCCGCUCAUCUGGCGCUUUCGCAUCUUGCCAUCUUCCGCAAAUGUCCAGUCCUCGAGGCCGUAACAU